AUGAGUGCUGGACACAGUGACAUCUACAUCCAGUCGCCAGGGGCAGCAGUAGCUUCCGGCAUCAGCAUCCAAGGAGCAGUGUUGCUGAUGAUGUUGGCGCAAGCUGCAGCGUGGCGCUCAGGGUGGCAGCAGCAGGUGACACAAACGUCUGUGUUUCUCUUUGCUUUUGACCAAAAGCCCGAGGGAAGGGCCGCCCUAGGAGACAGACAGGGUAGGCUGUACCAACCAGUUCCCGCCCCCCACCAAACGCGUUCCCAUCCCGGGGGCCAAGCCUGGCCCGGCCGGAAGGGCUCGCGGCCGCCGAUGGGCGGCGGCUUCUGCCAAGGGAAGCUUGCGCGGGCGGGGCUGGGAGGUGGGGGCUCGGCGAUCCCCGGCGUCUCGCCCCUCCACACCCUGCUGCCGCCCUCCCGCCUCUUGCCCUCCUCCGCGGGGGAAGAGCGUGCGCUCGGGGUCAGCUGGCUGGCUUUGUGGCUGCUUCCCAGGAAGGAAGAAGCGUUGUCUGCCGAUCAGUUUAUCAGCUGGCUUUCCUGUGCCGGAGCGCUGCCGUUUUCCGGGGACGGCUGCCACCCCCGUGAUUCCCAGCCCGACUUGCAGCCAUUUCAGUAUUUGGCAGCUGUGAAGCGAAUAUUCGGACUGUGUGAGGCAGGGACUUCACCAGGGCCGUGUCUGCUCAUAGAACGGUUUGGCUGGGGUUUUUGGUUUGCAACCUUGAAUUCAGCUUCUUUGAUUUUGGUGUGUGAUGUUUCUACUUGCCCCACGCCCCACUCCCCAACUGAGGCACAUUAUCAUCAUCAGCUACACGUAUUAGGAAGGCAGUUCUCUGCACGACUGUGGAGCUGUUGGAGUUUCCUGGAGCUUGACUUACUAGAAGGUCACAAGAAUACAGGGCUGGCUUUAAGGGGGUGUGGCCUGUGCCAUGGCAGGGUCUUGUGCUUGGAAGGGCUCUGCUACUUGCUCUGCUCUCACAGUCCUGAAAUGCUUAACAAUUUUGAAUAAGGCCCUGCAUAUUCAUUUUGCUCUGGGCCCAGAUUAUGUGGCCAUUUUGUUAGUAGUAGCUCAUGUUCGUUUGAGUAAGUUUGAAUAAAGGUUUGAAUAAAUUCCCAUUUGAGAUAAUGGCCUACUGUUAGUUGAUGAACUGCUGAAGGUGAUUCUCUUAGUGUAUUACUCAGGGUUCUCCAGGGAAACCCAAUGGACAGGAUAUAAACAUAUAUAAUGUAAUAUUAUGAGAUUUAUUAUGGGAAUUGGCUCAUGUGACUGCGGGGAUGAGCAAGUUCAAAUUCCAUAGGGCAAGUUGCAAAAUGGGAACUCCAAUGAAGUUUUUGAUAAAUUCCCCAGAAGAAGCUGGCUAGCUGAAGUAGAGAAGAAAAUUCUUCCUACUGAUUGUUGAAAUCAUCAGUUCUCCUUUUAAGGCCUUCAACUGAUUCGGUGAGACUUC